AUGGUUUUCGGUCAGGUACAUCAUUCCUCUGAAUUGAACGCUAUCCACACACAUAUGCAAUUGCCUAGCACAUGUAACACGAUGCUCCUGGCGUCAUUGGGCCUGAUGCUGGUCACACCCGUAGCUGCCGUAAACGAGGCAGUGUCAUUCCCUGCAAACAACCUCGCAACUCAACCUCCCAUUGGAACCUUCUUUCAUAUCUGUUUUCUGAUUGGUGGAAUUGCCGUUACAUUUUCGAGUAACCUCGUUGGCCCGCUUAUGGGCGUCACGAGUGUUCUGUGGCUGAUGAUGCGCAAUGAUUCGGCAGUCGACCCCAAAUCGGCAUGGAUGAUGUUUGGUGCCUGGCUAUUCUUUCUCGUGACAUAUGUCAUGGUCCAAUGCCGAAGAAUUCGCAACCACCAGCUGUAUAUUUUUCUUACUAUCGCCGUUAGCUGCAUAUGUAUGUGCAUUGUAGCACUCAAUCAACGUUCCUCGUUACAGAGUGGUCUUGUCACUGUUAUUCCUCCCUGUAUCUCAUUCGCAGCCUAUGCGGUUGCAUAUUUCUUUCCUACACAGCCUCGCGAAGCAUCGGUACUUGCUGCAAUAGCAUGAACGAAGUGUAAAUCAGUCAUAAUGAAGCUCUUCGUAUGUGGUUUAGUUGUAUGUAGAGAAGGCUCCGUACCUUUGAACCACCCGUACAAUGGACCCGCAGAGUGAACUUUGGAAACGCAAGCUUUAGUCUUAUACCACUAUAUAUUCUGUCUUCGCAAACAGGCUAAAUUACUGAAUGAAUUGAUUUUGUUUCCCUUCAGAACAUGUUUGGUCAUCAUGCUCGACUUCGUGUUUGUGGACGGUAAGAAUAAGCUUCGGGAUGGUGUGCCUGAGGUUCAAAUCCAUACUAGCGCGGGAGUACGCUUGAACUACACACUGUGCAACGCACUGGCAACAUGCAUACUCAUAAACUUCAUUAUUUUGUGAAGAUUUAGUAUGCCUUAAAAUGUGAUUCAAGAUAGAUGUUAUGUGUCUCAGCUGGGAUGCGAGUCG